AUGUCUCUCGUAUAUAUCACCACAGAACCCUCAGACCGGAUUCGCGUAGAAGAAACCAUUCAGACACCCGAUUGGAUUCACCCACAUUUAAUCGAAAGCACCGACGCGAUCAAAGGCCGCCAAUUUCUCGUCUCCGGUCCCAUCCCAAAAGGCGCCUGUCUCCUCGUGGAUUCCCCCUACGCAGUCAUCCCCGUCGUCGACGAACCCGCCCAAAACGACAAUCUCAUAUGCAGCAAUCCCGCAUGUAAUCGACCGGCUCCUUGCCACACCCGGACAUCAUGUCCGAAUGCCUGUAUCCCGGAUGUGACAUGGUGCGGUAGCAUAUGCCGUGACGCCGAUAGUCUUCGACAUGAAUUUGAAUGCGCCUGGCUCAAACGGUAUGCUGGGACUAUUCGGUCCAAACGGGGUGAAUAUGAUUUCGGCAUGCUGUGGGUGAUUCUUCGGUUGCUUGCUGCGCGACAUUGCCAAUUGAAUGAGCGGACGGUUGCCGAAAGCCAUUGGAAGCAUGGUUGGAGUGGGAUUGAAUCGCUCUGUGGCUCUGAGGAUACUUGGCCUCAUGACAUGGUCCGAUCUUGGUCUGCUCUUGUGAAGAAGUAUCUUCGGAGCAGUUCUGCUCUGCCGCAUGAGAUGAGUGCAGAUCGUGUUCUUCAUCUCAUUUGUCAGGAAGAGGCAAACUCAUUUGGACUUUACCCACGAGAAACAGGUCAUUUCCCCCUGCCGAACCCCCCUGUCGACAGAGGGGAGCAAUUCGCUGCUGCUGUUUAUCCAACUGCGGCAAUCGCUAAUCACUCAUGUCUGCCAAAUAUCAUCCAUAAAGCGGAUGAUAAAGGCCGUAUGGUCUUUACCGCGUCCCGUGACAUUUUUCCAGGCGAGGAAUGCUGCAUCUCGUACUUCGACCUGACACAAUAUACCGAUCUUACUUCUCGUCGCGAGCAUCUUCGAAAAUCCUUCCGUUUCGUGUGUCAGUGUGAACGAUGUGUUUCCGAAGAGUCCGGAAAAGAAACAGAAUGGACUGCAAUGCCAAUGAUGGAUAUAUGA